AUGGCGUCCUACGAGCACGCCGAGUUUGUGCCAGCGGUGCCCCCGCCCAUGCGCACGGAUCGACCCAUUCUAAAGAGCACCUCUAGCUCAGCUCCGUCCUCUCAGCGCUCAUCAUACAAGAAGUCGGUCAAGUUUACCGUGGACGCGCGCGAGUUUAGUCGUGAUGACCUGCCUCGUCUCAAUGAAGUGGCUGAUGUGAUUCAGGAGCUCUUCCGCGGCUCAGUCAUGCUAAAAGUACGCGGCCACAAGCUUUACGAACGAUACAUCUUCUUCGAACCUGAGCGUGAGCAAGUUACCUGGUUUUCCAAGAAGAACAACGCCACGCGAUCGAUCCCAAUUCGUGAUUUCACCAAGAUUCAUCCAGGAAAAGGCGCUGCUGGCUUUAAUACACCUGAAGCGGCUGAUGCAUCCACAAAGCAGCAAAGCAUGCGCCGACAAUGGAUCAAGCAGACCUUUGACCAGUUUGAUACUGACAGCGAUGGCCAACUUUCCAAAGCUGAGACCCUUGAGGCCACCAAGGCUCUGCUCAACAACAUCGAUAGCGAGCAUCUUGAAGUCUUUGUUAACAAUCUUUUUGAGCGCCUGGAUCUUGAGCAGCGCCUCAACUCAGGACAACCCUUGUCUCCUCGACCCAGCAUUCCAGGCACGCCAGAGACUUCACCGGCUAUCGAAGAUGGCGCAAUUACGCCUGCUGCGGCCUCCACCCCGCCCACCGCCACCCCUUCGGAUGUGGUUUUCGAAGAUCAGACUGUCGCAGAUGGUGACGAGGCUUCCACUGCAAAUGGCAAGCAGGAUGAAGCAAAGAUCAACGGAGCAGAGAAUACCAAUGGCCACGCUCUUGACGUGCCUCCCGCAGAUGAAAUUCUUCCCCUUGGUGCCGAUGACUCAUUCCGCUGCACCUUUGACCAGUUUUUCGCCCUCGUAACUCGUCUAAAAACUCGGCGUGAGGUCUUUAUGCUGCUGCAAAAAUAUGCCAAGGACGGUCAAAUCAUCGAAGCUUCCAGUCUGCGUCUGUUUCUUGAACUCGAGCAACAUGUGUUGCUGAAUUCACUCUCAGAGGCAGAGCAGCUCAUUGCUCAGCACGAGCCCAUCGAAGCCAACCGCCAUGAGCAUCGCUUUGGGCUUGACGGCUUUACAGAGUUUCUGCAGCAACACGAACAUGUUGUUUCCCACGAAGUUGCCACGCCAAUCAAGUGGUCUAGUCCCUUGCAUCAUUACUACUUUGCUGCGUCUCACAACAGCUACUUGGCUGGUGGUCAGAUUCAAGGUGUGUGCACACCAGACGCCGUCAAAAACGCUCUAGACAUGGGCGCACGCAGCCUUGAAAUCGAUAUCUGGCACGCGGACGGCAAACUGCAAGUUUACCAUGGCCAUACCCGCACCACACCAUGUGAAGUGGAGGAUGUGCUCAAGAUCAUCAAGGACCACGCAUUUGCCGACACGGACGCACCCUUGCUCUUGAUCAUGGAAAUGCAUGUCGACGACAUUGAGCUUCAAAGGCAGCUCAUCGAAUCGAUCAAGAGUCAUCUGGGCUCAAUUCUUUACGUCCCUGAUGCUCAGCGUGGCAAUCGCCUACCUCUUUUGGAAAAGGUGCGCGGCAAAGUUUUCAUCGCCAGCCAAAAGCUCGGCGCUCGCGAAGAGGCUCAAGAUGAGCCAGUCGAUGUGCUCGAGUACGACGAGUUCUCCUUUUAUGCCGAUGUCAAGAAAAAGCGCAACAAAAAGAAUAAGAAGAUCAAAGAUGAACCCCGAAAGAUCCCGGUCCUUCCAGGCUCUCGUGACUUUGGCACAAAAACCCGUGAUAUUGGCUUGCACAUCAACAACGGCCGCUUCCAACGCACCCGCGGUCUUGUCGAAAAGCCCUUUUUUCUCUCUCAUGCCGGCACUGAGUUCAACCCCACUUGGACUGUCUCUGAGGUCUUGGCCAAGCCCGAGCAUGCCGUUGCUGCGACGCGAGCCCUGGAUGUGACCAUCAUUAGUGCGCAGAACUUGCAGCCAUCACCGGAUGCCAAGGCUGCUCAGCCCAACCCCACCCUCCGCGUCAUCGAUCCUUACGUUCACAUCGAGAUUCUGGGUCUGCCACGCGAUCGAGAGGCUCACACUACCCGAGCCUUGGACAAUAAUGCCAUUGAUCCAUAUUGGAAUGAAUCGUGCAAAUUUGUCGUAACCUGUCCACCCUCGGCCCUCCUUCAAAUCUUGGUGUUGGAUGAUGACAUUGUGCAUGACAACUUUUUGGGGACUGCUGUGCUUCCGUUCGAAGCAUUACAACCGGGCUAUCGCACCGUUCAGCUCUACGACCGCCAAGGCCGUAUCAUCGAGAAUUCGACUGUAUUUUUAAAGCUGGAUUUUGAGUCAUCGUCGCCGCAUCAAAUUCUGGAGGAACGCCAAGUGCAGAUGACGCUAGAGGAAGAGCUGCGCACAAACAAACCUGGUCGCCCAGCGCUCUCCAACAAACAAGGUAGCCGACGAGCAUCAAUCAUUCUCGAUGCGGACUUUGAGGCCCCGACGCUGGAAAUGGUCGGGCACGAGCAGCUGGACAAUUUGUUUGGAAAUUGCAAUACGGCCAUUCUCGAACUCAAGGCUUACCAGAGCGAACUCGAGCGCAACAAUGCUGACAUUAUUGCCAGGUCCGGACUCAAGGGCAACAAGGCGGCCUUGGAACUUGCCAUGGACAAACUUGCAUCCAAGAUCAGCGGGGUCAAGUAUCGCGUUGUGAGCAGGACGCCGGCUCUAGACGUCGAAAUUGUUGAUGAAUCGACCGUCACAGCCUCGGCCCAAGGAGCACUGGACAUCAUGCACAAGCUCUGUGAGGUCAUUCGCGGGCGCCUGCUGCGCACAAUGGAAAUGGCCUCCACCUUCCGAGGCCUUGCCAUGCAAGUUGAUGAGGUCGAAGACACAAUUGAAGAGGUCAGUGCGCUCGGUGCUUAUUCGUUUCGAGUGGUGAUGUGGAGUUGA